UGGGGAUACAUGUGUUCCUGUGUGUUGUGCAGCAUACCGACCCACCGGUUUAAUUAAGCGCUGGCAUUUCUAACCUAAUUUGUCAAACCAGGACCUCAGGCUUCUGUUGGGUCUACAGGUUAAUGACCCUGAACCACGCAGACCACACUUGAAAGGAACCCGGUGCUGUUAACUUUGUGUUGAGGUCAUUGGUGUAUAAGGAAGGAGGAAGGACACUGUAAAUUCAAACAGCAGAGGGAGUGACCCAACAGUCUGAAACCACUCACCCUUACUGGGCUGCAGGCGUCCACACACUCCACCUGAUCUGACUCGGUGUGCCGCCUGAGAGGCAACAGACUUCCCUGUGAGCCUAGAAGACAACACUAAAGCUGUGAGCCAAGUGAUCGACAGGACCAUCAGACAUGGGGAAGCAGAACAGCAAGCUCCGUCCUGAGGUGAUGCAGGACCUGCUGGAGAGCACCGACUUCACCGAGCACGAGAUCCAGGAGUGGUACAAGGGCUUUCUGAGGGACUGCCCAAGCGGGAACCUGUCCAUGGAGGAGUUCAAGAAGAUCUACGGUAACUUCUUUCCCUACGGAGACGCAUCAAAGUUUGCCGAACACGUCUUCCGCACAUUUGAUGCGAACGGUGACGGGACAAUAGACUUCCGGGAGUUUAUCAUCGCACUAAGUGUGACAUCACGCGGGAAGCUGGAGCAGAAGUUGAAAUGGGCCUUCAGUAUGUACGACCUGGACGGAAACGGUUACAUCAGUAAAUCUGAGAUGCUGGAGAUUGUACAGGCAAUCUAUAAGAUGGUGUCCUCCGUGAUGAAGAUGCCUGAGGACGAGUCGACACCCGAGAAGAGGACAGAGAAGAUCUUCAGGCAGAUGGACACCAACAGAGACGGUAAACUGUCCCUGGAGGAGUUCAUCAAAGGAGCGAAGAGCGACCCCUCCAUCGUCCGCCUGUUGCAGUGCGACCCCAGCAGCGCCGGACAGUUUUAAAACCUGAGGCAUCAACACAACUUUGCUUCUUUCGGGUGACUCUUAAUGCCCUUAACUCUCCACUAUGGAGCAGACUGAUGAUGAAGAAUGACAAGCUGAUGACGAUGAAGAAGACAGGCCUUCAAUAUGCACUGAGGACUUCAAAGGAUGGGCACAGGAGCCACAUUCUCCAGUUUUAACAAAAACCUUCCAAAAACCCCCUGCAGAGACUUAACCUGAAGACUUUCCCAAACCUUUAUCAGGUUAUCACAUCCCUCCCCUCUCCUCCCCUCCACUGAUUGUGUAAUUGACCGGGAUCCCUCAGUCCUCCUAUAAGCAUGUCAGAGUGUAAAGAAACGUCUACCGUAGGUUGUAUAUACAGUAUAAACUGGAGUGUCUGUAUCAGUGUCUUUGCUUGGCUCUCUGUGCCCUUUCCAGGCUCCAGCCGGGGCGACACUGAGCCUCUAUCACUCUAAUGUGUGUCAUAGACAAGAGUGUGUGCAUGAGACAACAAGAAAGAGAGAGAGAGAGAAAGAGAGAGAGAGAGAUGAUAUGUUUAAUUAAAGGACAAUACUGUAGGUGAGAUAAUUUAAUCUGCAGAGAGGACUGGUGAAGUGUGUCCUUCACUCAGAAUGAGUACUUUUAGUACUUUUACUUUCAUCUUUUUCUACUGUGAGAACAUGUACAUGUGUUUGUGUAUUUUUUGCAAACUCAGUAGAUUUAGUUUUAUAAUUUGUGCUUUGUGCAUAGAGCUGCCGCGGUGUUGAUUUUACUUCUUACUGCACAAAUUAGCAAAACCAUUCAAACUAUUGCAGUAACCACCAUAAAACAUAAAUUCAACCUCAGAUGUUAUAUAAUAAUGUGUUCCUAAAUACCGUAUUGGCCUGAAUAUAAGGUACCCCUGAUUAUAAGAUGACCCCCACUUUUCCAACAGCUGUAUUUGGAAAUAUACUUUUUGAAUAUAACUUCCAUCAUAUUAUAGUUACAUACUCACACCCACUCCUACCAGGCUCUUAGAAGGAGUCAGAAGUGAUUUUCUCCAGCAGUUAGCAUUUAUAAAACUGUCUGUUUGUGUUUUUGAGCUCCUUAUCAUCUGUGACAGUGGUAUUUGGCAGCUCGACAUGUUCCGUUUCUGCAGUAGAGAUGUUGGAAGACGCUUUGGACUCGUUUUCAAUCGUCAUGAAUUUAUGAAAAAACUCCUGCUGGUUAAACUCCACUAACGGACUCUUAACACUCACCAUAAACAGACACAAAACACUCACUAGCCUAGCAACAUUAAGGCUACAAACAACCCAUAAUACAACAACACCACUUUUUCAUAUGUAUUUCCAGAGAAGAAACAUCUUAUAUUAGGACCAUUACGGUAAACUUAUUUUAAUGCAUUUAUUCCUGUAGUAAUCUUUUAUUAAUAGCCUCUUAAAUCUAAUUACAGUAACCGCGGCAGCUCUGCUGGGGCAACAAGAACAUGUAAUGUUAUGCUACUAUGCAUAUGCAUCCUAACCAGUAGUUUUGAUUUUGUGAAGUCUCACUGAUGUAAUGAAGCAUCCCUUUAUUCAUCAUCUGUUCCAGUGGUUUUUCAUAUCAGCAGGAAUCUGACAGAGAGAGAGAAAGAGAGAGAGAGUUUGGAGCGGCAGGCAGUUCAGUGUAAUGACUGCACUCUAGAUUAAAGAAAACAUAGAGAACUAGUCUUUAAAGUAUGAGUACAGUGUAGAUAUGUUCACCUCAAUUUGUAAAGCAAACUCAGAUAGUCCAGAUCGCUCGGUUUUCAACUUUCAGAACAAAUGUUGUGAAAUAAUGAAAUAAUAGUUUUUGUUUUAUUUAAGCAGGAUAUCAAGCAUGCAAACCAGUUUCCUUCUUUCUAACAUUUACUAUGUGGAGAACAGAGACGCGCUUCUUCACCUUCACUUUUCGAUGUUUAUUAAAGUGCCGCAUGUUGAAUCAGUGGUUGAACAGUGGCGUAAAGGGGUGAGGGGGUGGAGGGGGUGGGGGGGUGGGGUGUAUAGACUAAAUAACACAGUAUGCAUGUGACUUGUGCGCAUGUGUGUUUAACUAUGUUUGUGGGUACCAUCCGGCUCUCUGCUGGCUUGUGUAUGUUAGUAUCGUCACAGCUCGUACUAGCAGUAGUCAGUGUUAUGGACUGCCAAAGCUGAUGUAGCUAAUGGUUUAGAAGAAUAACGUCAUGGAGGCAAAGCAAGCAGGAACAGAGGCAAUCUUUACACAUGAAGACACACUCACUGUUUGUUAGCUUCUUUUUCUGUUUCAGUUGAGCUUAAUAUUUCAAAUCAUGGAUCCAACACAAAGAGGACUUAAGCAGGAGUCCCUAUUCUGAGUAUGAUGUCAAUUCAAUUAUAAAAAUGUAGUAAAGUAAGUAAAACGUAACAUUCACAUUAAGUGUUGGCAUCCAGAAUACAUUGUAGCACUGACACUGACAUGAAAACACUCCUUCACUCAGCUGACACAGAAAAGUCCAAAUAAAAGAAGCUCUUGCCCCUUUAAUUGUUUUUAAGGAGGUUCUACCGAGAUGAGUGCCCCAAUGCCCCCCUCCCCUUCCCUGAAUGUAAUCGAGCCCUCCCCCAAGGGUUGAGCAAGCCGUUUCAGUUAUUGCAUUGUUUUCCAAUUAGAAAAAAAAAAAAAGCUUUGAAUGUUUUAUUAAAUAACUGCUGUUUUUUUUUUUUUUUUUUUGUAAACAGAAAAAAGAAAAAAAAAGAUGCAGACAAAGACAAACCGAGAAUCACAACUACUGCAAUGAUACUGUCACAAUGUGUUGCUUUUAUUGUAUUUUUAUGAUUUUUCUUUCCUUUUUUUAAAAAAAGCUCAAAAAACUAAAGCAAAAAAAAAAAAAAAAAAGCUGCGUCAGGUGUAACAUUUCUGUUAAACACAAAAAUAGCAUCUUGUGGUCAAGUGCCAAAUGAAAACAAAAACAGUAUUGUAUAAAUUUAUACUGUAAAAUUGUUAUCUGUUGAACAAACUGUUUGUAAUUGUUGCAUUUUGUAGGUUUUGUAUGGUAUCCUGUAUUUAGUGACUGCAGUUUUGGAACACAGGAUUCUGUUUUUCGGUCAAAUUUAAAAGGCAAGAAUUAAAUUUACAAUUUAUUGUGUGCAAGCAUG